AUGAGCAUGAUGAUAGAGCUAACUUUCUUUCUUGGACUGCAAAUCAAGCAAUCUCCCAAAGAGAUUUUUCUUAACCAAACCAAGUACACCAAGGAACUUAUAAAGAAGUUUGGUAUGGAGAAUGCAAAUUCCAUUGGAACUCCAAUGAGUCCAACAACUACGCUUGAAGAAGACAAGAAUAGAAAAAAUAUGGAUGAAACAAUGUAUAGAGGAAUGAUUGGAUCUUUAUUAUAUCUCACUGCUAGUCGACCAGAUAUAAUGUUCAGUGUAUGUAAGUGUGCAAGGUUUCAGUCAGCUCCAAAAGAAUCCCAUCGUACUGCAGUUAAACGCAUUAUUAGAUAUCUCACUGGGACCAGUAAAUUAGGAUUAUGGUAUGCUCAUUCUAACAAUUUUGUUUUAAAAAGUUUUUCAGAUGCAGAUUUUGUAGGUGAUAGGAUUGAUAGGAAAAGUACUAGUGACACAUUCCAAUUAUUGGGGAAAUGCUCUAAUUUCCUGGCAUAG